AUGUCGGUGGCUCAGCUCUUUGCCAAUGCGCAGCGCAGCAAAACUCGUCAAGAGGCCUGUGCUGAUGGCUUGCUGCGCUUGAUGCUGGAACAACCAGCCGAUGAGUUUGCAGCUGCAUUCCGCAGCUGCUUUGAGCGCUGCCUCCUGAUUUUCAAGCGCGAGCCCGCCGUCGAGCGCAUCAUUGAAAUGGUACCGGAGGGUGCCAGCAUGGUCGACAUGGUGCUGACGCGCAUGACCGCGGUUGCAGCCGCACAGGAUAAGAGUGUGCGCUUCAGGGCGUGUCAAGUCAUUUCUCGUGUUUUGAACCGUCUCAGCGACGGUACUGAUCUUAGCGAGGAGCUUUACGAUGCCCUCGAGACUGUCGUAUUGGAUCGCAUGCACGACAAGAUUCCUGCUGUGCGUGUUCAGGCCGUAAAGGCAGCGGGGCGCUUGCAGGCGGUCGAUGACGCAGACUGUCCCAUUGUUCAGCGUUAUCUUGCCCUUUUAAGCAAAGACUCAAGUGCCGACGUGCGCUGUGCUGUCUUGCAGCAGCUCAUCUUUACCAAAAACACCAAAACCGCCAUUCUGGCUCGUUCCCGUGAUAUCAAGACCCCCGUGCGAGUCGCAUUCUUCAAGGCCAUGUUGGAUCAAGCAGUGCACUACAAGGCCAUCAGCGUCGCUCAGCGCGUCGCGCUCUUGCGCGAUGGUCUCCUCGAGCGUGAAGAUGCCGUGCGUAAACAAGCCACCAAACUGGCCCUGAGUUGGUUUCGCUUGGCGGGUGGGCUCGAUGCCCUACUGGACGCCAUCGACGUCGAGCUCAACGUCGAGGUGGCCGAGGCCUUGUGCCAAGCCAUUUUAAACUCUGAGGAUGUUACCAUGGAGGCUCUGAACUUGAGUGCCCUCAGUCCGUCUCGUACGUUCUUUUGGGUCCAGGCAUGCAAAUUUCUCCAGCAGCAAAAACGCCAGGAAGACCUUGAGGCCAUCAUGCCGUCAGCCUCAGCCCUCGGCGACCGAGUGGUUGCCUUGAUUGAUAGCCACGCGGUGGCCCAGGAGAUCAAGAACGAGCCAAGUGACGAUGAGGAAGAAGUCAUCAACAAUGCUUUUGUUGUGCAACAACUUCUGCUGGGAGCGGAGCUGUUCGAUGCAGACAACGAGUUUGCUCGUCGCGAGCUGUCUGCCAAGUUGCGGCCGCUUGUGAUCAAGCACUUCCGUGUCAGCGAGGUCAUUGCGCCAUGCAUGAAGCUACUGGCCCACCUUCAUCCUCACGCGACCGAGUUUACCACUGUUGUGGUGGAACUUCUACGCGACAUCCUCGAGCCGGUGACGUACGUGACCAAGUCAAUCUCAGAGAGCGAAAAGAAGCGCCUCCAAGUCAAGAUUGCUGAACGUCGCGUCAAAAUUCUUCAUCUCGAGGAUGACAAGGAGGCUCGGGUUGAAGCGGAGGAGUUUGUCGAGGCUGAGAAUAUCAAAAAGCGUAUCGAGGCGCUGCGGGCGGAGCAGGAUGACCUUCGCGCUCAAAUGGAGCCGCGGGUGGUUGAGAAGCGCCACCAGCUUGACGACAACGAGACAUUGCAAGCACGCCUGCAGAUCCUUCACACCGCCCUGGUUGCCAGCAAGGAGCCACUGCAAACGCGUCACGAAGACGGUGUGGUGGACACGAUCGUUUUGCCAGGAGUGCAGCACCCCGACGCUGAAGUGCGCAACCUUGCCAUUGCCUGCCUGGGCCUCCUGUCUCUGUGCGACAAGGUCUUUGCACAGAAGCACAUUUUGCUCCUCCUGCAAGUUAUCCAAGUUGAUCAGGAUGUGCUGCAAGUCACGGCUCUCCGCCACAUCUUUGACCUUCUCCUGGUGUUUGGAGUCGAGGCAUUUGCGACUGGGAACCAGAUAUCAGAGAGCGCAGACAGUGAGCAAGAACGCGCCAUGGAGCGCGAUACAACCAUCGUGCCUAUCCUUGAACGAUAUUUGGAAAGCGAUAACGAUGACCUCAAGACCGUUGCAGUCCAAGGCUUUGCAAAGCUGCUGCUCAGCAACCGUUUGUCCAGUGUGCAGAUUGUCUCUCGCCUGACGCUGCUGUACUUCAACCCAACCACGGAGGAUCUGACCGAUUUGCGGCAAUGCCUAUCCGUAUUUUUUCCGGCCUAUGCCUUCUCAAGCCGGGCACACCAGGAUGACAUCCGCGAGAGCAUGCUUCCCACCCUUCGCAUCGUCUUCCGAGCUCCCGCUGACAGUCCCAUGGCCUCUGUCAAGCCCAGCACCGUGGCUGAUAUGCUUAUGUACCUGACGCAGGCUGAGCGAGCGGGCUUGGGGGUGCAUGGUGACUUGGCGGUGGCUCUAGCCAACGAGGUCAUUUCUGAGCCAGAGAGUCCAGACAACAAAGUGUUGCUUAAGGCUUUGAGCCUUGUGUCUUGGACCUCACUCGAAGAGGAACAACUCCGAUGCAUGGUGGUCUUGAUGGAGCAAGUGGACGAGCUCAUGCUCGACAGCGCCGCCAACAAGCUGGCCAGCAAGAUUGUGGACGCUGUUCAAGCUGCAUUGGGCACAGAGGGCCUAGAUGGCAUUGACGAGGGAUUGCGGGAGGCCAUGCAAGCCCAGGCUCGGGAACAUCAGGAGGCUCGUCAGCAAGAAACUCAGGCAUUGGCAGCCGAAUCCUCCACCCGCGCGCGUCGUAGCAGCCGGCAGCGUAAGGCAGCACAACAGCCCAUCUCCUAUGAUGAUGAGUCAGAGCCGGACGCCGAGUCAGAGGACGACGAGAUCUUGAGUUCUCGACAGGCAUCGGGGAAAACCGAGUAUCUGGUGCGCCAAGCGGGAGAUCCCGAAGAGUAAGUGUCCCCGGCUGAGCUGGCAGGCGAAGUUCCACCAUAGAAGCGUCUGCCAUCCAUGUUGAAUUCUCGUUUUCAUUUAUUAUCGUUCGCUUAUCACACAGAUUGGCUGAGUGGAUGCCAGCCAGCGCUGUCAAUUCGGCCCUGGUCGAAGCUUUUGCCAUGGACAAAGAAAACAGUGUGUAUUAAUUUUCCUAAACCCGGUCGAUGCGGGGAGAUGAUGUCAGGCUUCAUGUCCAUCAUGUAUUAUCUUUCUAUAUUUUUUUCCAAGUGUUCUCAGAAAGCAAGGCAGAAGACCUUUUGUGUCAUGUUGAGAUUUUUUUUUCCCCUCAUCGUGUCGUUGCGGCGAGCUCCGUUGGGCGUCGCGGGCGUGCAUGGUGAAAUUGACAGUGAUUCUUA